AUGGGAAGUUCUCACGAGCUGCCUAGUAGGAGGAAGAGAAGAAAUUCUGACUGCAUAUCAAAUUACGUAGACAGAGUUCGUAUAUGUGAUACUAAAAGCAUAGCAUCAGAGUCAGUGUACAGUAAAGCGAGCAGUCAGAAAUCCGGUUGGCGUCAGAAAUCUUAUUCGAGUAUUGAUUUGACUGGUGAUGGUGAUUAUCAACCUGGAGCUGGUGCGUUUCGUUAUCGUGAUUUUGACUCUCAAGAUGACAUUAGCAUAAAGAAUUUAAAGAAUAAUAAAAAUAAGGAAAUACAGCGUGAUUACGAGGACAUUUACAACGUCAAUCCAAAGGCUCAGGGUUAUAAACGAGAAAUCAUAAAGGAACAUAAUAAAAUUAAUCAAAAUAAGCGCGACAAUAAUGAUGUUUGCAGUUUACGACGAAGUAAAAGUCUAGCUGUUAUCAGAGAAGAAACAUUUAAUGAUCUUACAAUCGACGGGCCAAAAACACGACGUUCGCAAUUAAUUCCGAGAGCAAAAUUAAUUGAUAGAAAUUUCUUCCGAAAUAGAUUAAGCUUCGCUUUAGAGGAAGGUCUCAGUUUUAGUUUGGAUUCUAAUUUAACAAGUGAACAGCUCAAAAGCAGCUCUAAUUCAAACAGUCUCAGCAAUAUCAACAAUAGUAGCAUUCAAGAAACAGCAGCAACAGCAAGUGCCGUGAAUAAUAAUAAUAGCAGCACAAAUAAUAAUACCAGCAAUAAUUACUUUUCGUGGAAUUGCGAUAAAAGUGAUUUAGGUAGCAUUGACUCAAACUUCUUUAAAAAUUCAUUGCAUCAGACUGCAUUGUUGGAAAAAUCAAAUUUACUACAAAUAGAAAAUUCUACGAAAUUUGUGUCGCGUGCGGAAGUUCAUAAUGAAAAUAAUGGCAACACUGACAAUUGUAAUGACAGUGGAAGCAGCAACAAUAUUGUAGAGAACGGAAGUGUAAAGAGUAGCAAGGAAAAAAGUGAAAACAUCAUAAAUAAUAAUAAUAACAAAAAUAAUACCGACAAUGAAAAUUCAGUGAACAUAAAUGAAGAUACGGAAAGUGGUAUAACAAUAAUUGAAAUAAAAGAUAGAAAACAAUUAAGUGGGCCUACGUCAAGUGUAAUAUCUUACGAUUCAAUUUAUCUAUCAUCAGAAAGUGAUAAGCAGACAGUACUUGGAGAAGAGGAAUUUUCGCAUUUUGACGACAUUGAUUCGAAAAUUAAGGACUUUGAGAAGAUUAUAAAGGAAUUAAAUUUAAUUGGUGAGAGUGAAAAAUCUGACAUUUUAAUUGAUAACUUGUACUGUCAAGUGGCAAAAGGCAGUUGUGGAAAUCUCUUAGACUUAAAAUUAACAAAAGAAGAAGACGGUGAAGUGAGAAUAAAUUCAGAUACAUUAAGCAAGUAUACAGAUCAUAUCAGUAAGGGUACUUUAGAACGUCUUGCAAUAUUAUCAGGAUUUUCAUCUACAAGUAGCAACAGUCGAAAGAUUGAAGAAAUCAAAAAUAAGAGGAAAUCCAAGGAUUAUGAGCCUAAUAAUAGUCCUUUGAGUGAGACUAAAGGACAUUUUCAAUAUUCAUCAUUACCAGAUGUCGACAUAAGUAAAUUACUGAGAGAUUGUGAAUUGAUUGAUGCAAAGCUUAGAGAUGAUGUUUCGAUUGAAUUGCUAGAACCUUUCCCAGAUUAUGACAUUGAUAUAGAGACCAACGACACGACCAUUUCAGAAUCUCUUAAUAUUGAUGAUAUCAAUAACUACGGGUUAUAUAAACGAGAAGAAAAAGAAAAGGGAGAAACUGAAGAUUCAAUUGAGAGCAUUGACAAAUAUCAAAAGGUCAGCAGCAAUAACAAUAAUACGAUAAACACUCAUGCAUCAUUAAACGAACCAACAUCACUUGAGCAAGAAAAUCCAAAGGGUGCUCCAUCAAUCGAGUUAGUGCAAUUGCCUACAAAAGAAUUCGAGGACGAAACUCAUUUAAACGAAGAAUUUGUUGAUGAAUUAAGAGUAAGAAACACAACAAAGAUUUAUAUAGAAGACCUUGGAUUAGAGCUUGAUUAUGAAAAUUCUAUAGCCAGUUUUAACAGUGAUGAAGACUUUGAGUCGCCAACUGAUGAGUUAGAUGAGCAUCAUUAUCAUAACAAUAGCACAAUACAGAACACAAGCGUCAAUUUCCAUCCUUUUUAUAAGCCACAAUCACUUAAUCUUAUCACAAUUAGUGGAAAGAAAGUUAUUGUUGAUGAAUUAGCAGCAAAAAGUGAACAUCAUAAGGACAAUAAAGAGCAAUUUGAGGUGGUGUCGGGAGCAUUAAAAUCAUCGUCAUCAUCAUCAUUUACGGAAAAGCCUAAACAAAAGAGCAAUAUUGAGAGAGAACGAAAGAAAAUUGUCGAAGAAAAAGAAGAUUUAGAAAUUUUAGAAGUCGACUCUCCAGUCACAAACAAAGAAGAGUCAUCACAGAAGAAUAAAAAGAUCACAGAGAAAAUUAAUGGUGCUGAUAACAGCAGCCAACGACAUAAAAUAAAUAUAGAUAAAAGGGGAGAGAGAACGAUAAAAUUGCCUGAAUGCAAACAAGCAUCAAAAUAUUACGUAGAUAGCAGCAGUGAUAAGAGAAUUGUUUUCAGAAAUAAUUCCGACUUUGAUGAUAAUUAUUAUAGUACUGCAGCCAUCGUUGAAAACGAGGUGAUUCAGUCUGUAUCAGAUUGUGAGAGAGUAGGCAGCUCUGUUGUGAACGUAAGCAAGAAUAAAGAUUAUACAUCAUUUUGUAUCCUCCAGAAAUCAAAUUCCAUCAAUUCAAAUCUAAAGAUGCCUCGCCCACAGUUACUUAAUAUUAUCGAUUCCAAAAAUAGCAUACCAAAGUUUCAACAGCAAUCUCAAAUUCAACAACAUCAGCAGCAGCAUAAACAAAGGAUGACAGUUAACAAUAAUGCCGAAACAAAUAAAGAUGAAAGGACAAUAUUGAAUGAACCGGAGGAGAAGCUAUCGUCCCCAACAUUGGAAUUAAAUGAAACGGAAAAGGAAUUUUUACAUAAAGUUGAUUCUGUUCGAAACUACUGGUCAAGAAUGCUUGACAAUGAAGCAAUUGAAAUGAAAGAAAAUAACUUGAAAUCAAUGUCCAAAGCAUUUGCUACAUCGAAAUCUUCAAAUGACAUUCCUCAAUCAAUCCGUAAUGAAGAGGGGUUUCAGAGUUUUUUCCCUACUGUUGAAAUAAUUGAAUUAAAUAAUGGUGAAACACAAGCAGCAUUAGUAACAGCACGUAAAUUAAAUGACGUAGAGUUUGAUCAUGUGAGAUAUAAAGUAAUGAAAAGUGAAAUGUUUCAAAAGAAUAUAGCUAGAAGUAGCAAAUACAAGAAGGAGACACAAUUUGAUGGAUUAAUGCAAUACUUACAGGAUUAUAGCUUUCAAGAACUGUUAGCAAACAAUAAUGUUGUCAUAAUUGAACCUGUACGAACGAAAAUUGAAAAAGUAUCCGAGAAGCCAAACAAAUCACAAUCGGCAAUUUGUAAAAUUACGAAUGGCGCCCCAGCUAAACUUAAUAGAAGUGGAUCAAAUAAUCUCAAGAAACAUUUCUUUUAUCAUCCAAUACGAGUAAAUAAAGAAUUAUAUGAAGACGAGCUUCCCGUACCCGAUACAGUCAGAAAUGUAAGAAAAUUAUUUGAAGAUUCAUUGAGAUUAGGGUGUCCAUCUACGACAUUAACGGAACGAGAUUCAAAUAUGUCUAAGUCAUCUGACAGUUUAAAACCACGUAAAACAAUUCGAUAUCUAACUAUCGAUACGUCAUUUGAUAAUAAUUUGGCAACAUCGAAAUGGGACUCGAUAAGUUUAUCAAGUGGAGUUUCGAGUGCCGCAGAUCUUAGUUCACCUUGUGAAUGUCAAGAGAACAAUUUGGGUCGAAAUGUAUGUAAUAGUAAUAGUAGCAGUAACGGAAGUAAAGAAAACCUUGACAAGAGUUAUGAUAGUGGCAAUGCUGGAAUGGAAAAAGCACAUCUUGUUACUACUGAUGUACUCGAGAAGAUGAGAGAAUGUGGGUCAUCAAUAACUUAUUAUGGCCCAAGCGUUGCUACAAAUCAAAUGUUUAACGAAAACCACAAAAUUAAUCCUGAAAUAAUGACUAAAGUCGUCACGAAAGACAUGGGCGUAUUAAGGGAAAAGUGUAAUUGCCAUGGGCGUCAGUUUCGAAAUAAUUUUUCAUCGUCAAAUGAAAAAUAUCAACAGCACCAGCAGCAACAACAACAACAACAGCAACAUCAGCUUCAUAAGAAAAUGAAUAAUGAUUAUACAGGAUUAAAGUUUAAGCUUGUAAAAAGUAACAGCUGCUCAAGUCGCUUGGAAUUGGCUGGCACAGGAGUUGGAGAACUUAAUGCUGUGGAAGAAAUGCGAAAUAUUGUUCACGGUCAAAGAAAUCAAUUAUAUGAUGAGAACAAAGAGGAUGAUGGAGAGACUAUGGGAGAGGACGAAUAUGAGAAUGAACAUAAAGAGGAUUAUGAGCACGAAGAAACUGUCAAGGAUAUGAUUUAUAAAUUGGAAGCCAAAAACUUUGUAACAACAACAAAGCCGAGAAUAAUAGAAUCUAGAUGUAUAGAGAAAGUUCCACGAGAUGCUAAAGUCACAAUAAAUAAUCAAACAUUUGAAAAGACGGGAGCUAAAAAAUCCGCAAGCUUGAAUUCAUUAAUAUCGCCGUCGAUUCUAUCACAGAAUUCAAAUAAUAUUGAUCUCCAUAGUGAAAACGUAACAGUGAACAAUCACAUUUCAAUUCUGAAUAGCACAGCAGAUAUAACAGCAACAACAGCAGUAGUUGUCGAGUCAAAUAAUCUAAAUGAGAAUAUGGAUGUCGUAAAUAGUAGCAGUAGCAAUAAAAUAUCGUCAGUAAAGCCAAAAGUUGUUCGCAAUAGGAAUGUGGAUCUUGCAAUGAUAGCUGUGAACAAGAAAAAAGAGAUUGCAAAAAAUCCUAAAGGAUUUAGCAGCGACACUGAGUCGAUGCUGUUGGCACAGAAUGAUAACAAUAAUGAGAUACAUGAAGUUUCUAAUAAUCAUCAUCAUCAUAAGAAUAAUGGUAAAAAGUCUAGAAAUCUCAUUUCUUCCACUACAAUGCAAUCUGUCGAGAUGGUGAAAAAUCAAGAUAAGAUUAAUUGUGCUCAUUACAUAAAGAAUCAGGCCUCAGCAUCAGUUGAAAUUUCCACAUUAUCUCUACAGAAAUCAGCAGUGCCUUCAGACGAGGAGCUUCUACAGCAGCAGCAGCAACCCGUAAAAAUGAUAAAGCCCUAUGAUGAGAUGGAAUUCGAACAGUUUGAAGUGGCUGGGGAGCAUUAUGAUAGUUUGAAUACAAUGUCCGAUGUCGAUGAUGAAGAAGAAAAUCGUUGCGUGCAACUCCAAGUGAAAUUCUGUGAACGGUUAAACAAAACAAAAAAUAAAUGAAUAUUCAUUCAUUUUUCACUUCAAUAGAGAGGAAAGGCAAGGAAAGGAAACGGUAGAAGUGAAUGGAAAAACAUUCAAUAUACUCAGCGGUGUAGCAAGGGUUGGAGUCUCUUGAGAUUUCCCAAAAUUUCAAACACAGCUUACUCUUGAAACGCUUAUAUAAAGAUUAAGUGAGUCAAUAGCAAACUGAGAGGGAAACAAUAUAAUGAGAACAAUUUUUGAUGUUAAAUUCUCGCUAAUUUUCUUCUUAAAUGCCUAUCAAAUAUUUUCCCAUCAUGUUGUUCUACCCUUGUUGCCAACCCUUUGCUAUACCACUGAAUAUAAAGUUUGUUGAGGGAAUCUUUUUCCGCUUUCUUUUGUUAUCCUCUCCAUUCUUGUUUUCUUUUGUCUGAUUUAAGACAAUUUGAUUUUUCCGUGUUAUUCUUUUUCGAAAUGCUCAGCAAGACAGAAGAUAAUUAAAUGUUUGUUAUAAAGAAAUAUUUAAAGAAAACUUUUAUGUUUGUUCAAUGAAAAAAAAAAAGGAAAUUAUUCAAGUAGGUUUACCUCCUAUCCUAAAAUCCUUUUCGUUUUAUAUUUUAUUCCACACAAGACCCAUAAAACUUGAGCUUUGGUAGCAACCGCAAGCCUUAUCGUAAAUAAAAGCUCUAUAUAUAGACCAAGUUAAAAAAAAAAGUACGUAAUAAGAAAAUAAAAGUGAGUAAAUAUGUGAAACCAAAAAUCAAUAAUUUAUGUUCAUAAAUUUUUAAUGCAUACGGUUAUUAACUUAAUAGUUUUGUAUUUGACUUUUUUUGCUCACAUUUAUUUUUUCUUUUACAAAAUGUUUAGCACAUGUUUAAUUUAUGAAAAUAUAGGAAGGAAUACAUUUCUUAAAUACCUUUGUAAACAUAGUUGAAAUACGUAAAUAAAUAAAGGCAUGA